AGUUAAAGGUUGGAGUCAGUCACAGGACGUUUUGGUCUGUUUGAUCUGGUUUAUUUGUUCAAGAGAAGCCCACAUCAAAGUUCAGUGGUGUAUUCAAUUCUUUGCUCUUAGUCCUACAAACAGAAGCAACAGAAGGCUUUACACCACGACCCAGUAAAGCCAUUAGGAUGUGGGUCAUCACUCUCAUCUCAGCAGUCUGUCUGCUGGCUAGUCCAUCUCUGGCUGGAAUCAAAGAUCUCAGCUCUCACUUCAGUGACCCCAAACCGGACCCCAGAGGCUUCGAAGCAGAUGGCACAGUGGACAUAGAGUCCCUACCCUUGGAGUACCACAAGGAAAACACUGUCACUAAUGACCUAUUUGAUGGCUUUGAGGAUGAAGAUUAUAUUGACUUUGAUAAGAUCCUAGCAGCAGGCAGUGAUGACUACAUUGAAGGGGAUGAGGUCGAUGAGAUUGCCACACCAGCCCCCGACAUUGACAUCUUUGCCGAACCCUCUGACCCAAAGAUUCGCCGUGCCAGACUUCUGCGACUGUUCCACGGUCGUUCUCGCCUUCAGCGCCUCAACAUGGUGAAUGGCCGUUUUGGCUUUAACCUCUAUCGAAGUCUUCGAAACAACGUCAACCAAACUGACAACAUCCUGCUAGCACCCGCUGGGAUCUCCAUUGCCAUGGGGAUGAUGUCUUUAGGUGCGAGAUCUGAAACCCAUGAUCAGAUCUACAAAGUUCUGGGAUUCGCUGAGUUUGUCAACGCCAGUCAUCACUAUGACAACACAACAGUGCACAAGCUUUUCAGGAAGCUGACACACAGGCUCUUCAGGAGGAAGUUUGGCUACACAUUGCGCUCUGUAAAUGAUGUCUACGUCAAGAACAGCAUCUCUGUGAAAGACACUUUCCGGGCAGAGACAAAGAAUUACUAUUUUGCAGAGCCUCAGUCAGUGGACUUCAGAGACCCUGCCUUUCUGGCUAAGGCAAACCAGCGCAUACAAAAGCUCACUAAAGGGCUGAUUCGGGAACCGCUGAAGAGUGUGGAUCCAAAUAUGGUGCUGAUGCUGCUUAACUACCUGUACUUCAAAGGAACUUGGGAGCAAAAAUUCCCUAAAGAAAUGACUCACUAUCGCAACUUCAGAGUUAAUGAAAAAACAAAUGUACGUGUGCCAAUGAUGACAAACAAGGGGAACUAUCUAGCUGCUGCCGAUCAUGAAUUAGACUGUGAUGUCCUACAGCUCCCAUACACAGGAAACAUCAGCAUGCUCAUCGCCUUGCCAAGGAAGCUCACUGGCAUGAGGUCCUUGGAGCAGGAGAUCUCUCCCACUGUCGUCAAUAAGUGGCUCAAAAACAUGACAAACAGGACACGUGAGAUUGUGCUACCUCGGUUUAAACUGGAGCAAAACUAUGACUUGAUUGAAAACCUGAAGAAGAUGGGCCUCACUGGCGUGUUUGAGGAGACUGCAGAUUUCUCUGGCAUGACCUCUGAAAGAGUUUCCAUGAACUGGCUGAAGCACCAAGGAAUCAUCACUGUGAAUGAAGAGGGAACAGAAGCUGCUGCUCUGACUCAGGUGGGCUUCAUGCCGCUCUCCUCUCAAAUUCGCUUCGUCGUCGAUCACCCCUUCCUCUUCCUGAUCUACGAGCACCGCACGGACUGCCUCGUGUUCAUGGGCCGGGUGGCCAAUCCCUCCCAGAGCUAAACAAAAAGUUGUGUUGCACAGCUAAACUAUUCAUGACAAGCCUGCUUAGAAUGACCGACUAGAUUUGGCUGAUUUUAGAAGUUGACAUCAAGUAAAGAAUAUUUCAUGCGAGUAUAGCCUCCAACUGAACAUUUAAAGUUCUCCCUUACAUAACUCAAAGCACAGAGUGUCUCUGAAUAACUCAAUAAAUGCUUAUCUGUCUGUUAAUGUUUUAUCUUCUGCAAUGACACUAAUGUAGAAGCGUGCUCAGAAAACAGAAUUUUGAAAAUGUUCUUACUCUAAGGCUGAAGUGAAACAGUCACUUCUGUGAAUAAAGCUUAAUCUUGUAAAA